GACAGUUACCGCCUCAUGUGUAGUUUUGACCUUUCAGGAUAAAGAUUUUACUUUGUUCUAUAGCUGAAAACAUUUAGCUGUGGCCUACUGACUGUUAGAAGAACAUCUUUGCUUCGGUAUAUUUUCAACAUGGAUAUAAGAACAGUCUACAAUAAUGGCACCUGUGAUAGUCUAAUAGAUAUGCAUCUGUUUCUACAUUAUUCACUAAUUCCUUCGGUUCUUAUAAUUAUACUGCUUUCCUUUCUUGAGAGGCGGAGCCAUUCUACUAAACUGGAUGAUAAGAUACAACUUCUUCAUAGGCGUUUUGGAUUUGUCAUCCCUUUAGACCUCAUAGGCACCUUUCAUAACAGAUGGACAUUUGGUUUUGCAUUUGGAGCAAUAGCUAAUAAGGUCAUGUCACUUUUUUCUAAUGAGUAUUUGCCACCUGGAAUUCCAACAUGGGCAAGAGCACUUGGACUUCUCGUUGGAGCAAUUGAAGUUGGCAUGUCCUAUUAUCCUAUAUUUGCUUGUCUCACAACAGAUAACAAAAUAAUAGGAUCUGUUAUAGGUUUUUUAUACACACUGACUUGGAUUUCAGUAACAAUAACUGACAUUACAACAUGCCCACAUGGAAAUGCUAUGGGUUAUUAUGAAAAGGUUAUUUUUCAAUGGCCUUCCCUAUUGUGUUUAGUCUUCCUGAUGGGGCGUUUUGUUUAUAUCUUCAUCAAAUACAUGAGAAUUUACAUGGGAGCUGACAUUCGAAGUGAUGAAAAAUGUUUCCUGCCAAUACAUCAAGCUGAACAUGUAAGGAGACUGUUUCGUAAAGCUGCAUUAGAACCAAAAAACUGGUUUGAAAGGAAGAUAUAUACAUGGGACCCAUGUUUUAAAUUCCCCAGCAGAAUGAUUGGCACUACUGUCCUGUCAUUGUUCUGUUUGUAUAUUUUUGUUUCUGUGGAAUACAGUGCAUUCAUCAAUCUUGCAAGUUUGCUAAAAAUGUACGAAGAAAAGAUGGAGCAGGCAGUGCCAGAUGUACAAUGGGAAUCGUACAAUCAGACUGUUGUUUCAAUGAAGGAGUUUUAUGAAGCAUUAACCGGAGUUUGGUUUUUCACUACUUUCCUAGCAAAUGCAGUUACGGUAUCUUAUAUAUUUCACAUAUUGGCCUGCUACAGAAAACACAUGAAGAGACUUUGGGUUGGAGAGAAAGGUUUCCUUCCGAUAAAAUUCCAAACCCCUUCAUCCUCACAGUGUGUGGCUGCCAUAGCAAGAUACUCAGGGUGGCAAGUUGCACAUAUUUUAUGGGGUUACUUGAUAAUGCACAUAGUACAAUGCUUGUUUGGCCUCAUUAUUGUAUAUGGUUUUGUAUAUCCAAUAAAACAUGGUCAAGGUUUAGAACUUCUGAAGGGCUUAGGAAUUUCAAUACUCACACUUGGAAUCGGUAUUUCACUGUCGAUGCUGCAAGUCUUGUUAGCCAGUAAUUUCUUUCUGCAGAAGAAAAUAGCUCCAGGGGAUAAAAAUAAACCAUUAGCUCUAAAUAACAGGAAGGGUUUUCAUAAUUUCAAUUACUUCUUCUUCUUCUACAAUGUGAUUCUUGGUUUGGGAGCCUGUCUGAUUCGACUUUUUAUCAGCUUGACUUUGGGAAGUUGGUUAAUUGCAAGAAUUGAUAGGACAUUAUUACAACAUGGAUAUGAGUCAGCAGAUACAGGCUACAAAACAUGGAUUGGAAUGAUAUAUGUGGACCACUACCACACUAACCCAGUUCUUGUGAGUUUUUGCAACAUUCUGCUGACACUGAGAGCUGAAAAAAGACUACAAGACUCACCUGUAUUUCAUGGGUAUAAUAAUUCUAGAGGACCUAGAACAUCAGUGAAAUCUAGAACAAGAUGGCUCCUAUAUUACACUCUGUUGAACAAUCCCAGACUUAUAAUACAAAGAAAACAGAAAGAAAUGGAUGACCUGGAUAACAGAAAUAUGGUUAUGCAGAGCAGACUUAUCCAGGCCUCUGUUUUGGAAGUUGACAUCAGAAAUAUUCAGGACAGACCUGUGGAUAUUAACAGUGUAGACAUAUGGUGAAGAUAAUAACUAUUUAUGCUCUACUGCUUUGCGCUCGAACCAUUGCUAUUCUUUGGGUGGUAUAAGAUGGGCCGAUGGCUUCCCAAUGCAAACACUGAUCAAAUAAGCCUGUGCUUGUCAAAAGGGAACCUGUCACAUGUUGUAUGUUACCCAAACAUUAAGCAGCAUAAAACAGAUGCAGGGAGCACAAACCCAACACAUUUUUCCUGCCCUGCCGACCCUGAGUGGCAUGUCUCUUCAUAUAUGUGUACAAAGAAAGAUGUGUUACUCAGAGAUGGUGGAGAGCAGCCAUUGGGACCUGCCUCAGUGACCUGUUAACACAGAUUUUUUUUUUUUGUAAAGUUUAUUAGAGUUUACAAAUAAACAAGUCAU